GGGGCGAGAGGGCCGAGGCACCGGAGGGCGAGCGCCGCCGAGCGCACGCUCAGAGCAGACAGCCCGCAGGAGGCAGGAGAUGAUGGUCUACAACCCGGGGAGCUGGCAGCCAGAGCGGGGGGAAAGGUAGUCUCGGAGGGGAGACAGAGCCACAGGACGUGGAGAUCCUGGAGGUGACAGCAAGGAGAGGACGCCGCGGCAGCGGCAGCGGCAGCGGCAGCGGCGAGGGGCGGCUUCUGCGCGGACGCCGGGCGGUCGGGGGAGAGGAGAGCAGGGCAACGCGGCGGCGCUGCAGGAGGGCCCGGCCGGGGCGGGGGGGCCAUGUCUCGAGAGCGGCCCCCCCGCACCGACAUCCCCCGCAACCUGAGCUUCAUAGCCGCGCUGACAGAGCGUGCCUACUACCGCAGCCAGCGGCCCAGCCUCGAGGAGGAGCCGGAGGUGGAGCCCGGCGAGGGCGGGACGCGCCUUGGGGCCCGAUCCCGCGCUCACGCCCCGAGUCGGGGUCGCCGGGCUCUUUCUGCUCCCGCCGGAGGCGGCGGCGUCCGGGCGCCCCGCAGCCGCAGCCCCGACACCCGCAAGAGAGUGCGUUUCGCCGACGCGCUUGGGCUGGAGCUGGCCGCGGUGCGCCGCUUCCGCCCCGGAGAGCUGCCCCGGGUGCCUCGCCACGUGCAAGCGCAGCUGCAAAGGGACGCCCUCCGCCACUUCGCGCCGUGCAGGCCUCGCGCCCGCGGCCUCCAGGAGGCGCGCGCCGCCCUGGAGCCGGCCAGUGAGCCCGGCUUCGCCGCCCGCUUGCAGGCGCAGCGCAUCUGCCUGGAACGCGCCGAGGCGGGCCCGUUGGGCGUGGCCGGGAGCGCGCGCGUGCUGGACCUGGCCUACGAGAAGCGCGUGAGCGUGCGCUGGAGCGCCGACGGCUGGCGGAGCCAACGCGAAGCGCCCGCCGCCUACGCCGGCCCGGCCCCGCCCCCGCCGCGCGCCGACCGCUUUGCCUUCCGCCUGCCCGCGCCGCCCAUCGGGGGCGCCCUGCUUUUCGCCUUGCGCUACCGCGUGACCGGCCACGAGUUCUGGGACAACAACGGCGGCCGCGACUAUGCGCUACGUGGGCCCGAGCACCCCGGGAGCGGCGGAGCCCCGGAGCCCCAGGGCUGGAUCCACUUUAUCUGAGCCACCUGCGGCCGACGGCGGGCAAACCAAAGGCUCCUUCUUGACAGUCGUCUAGAAGGGAGAAGAGGGAAAAGAAGCAGUUCCUGAUGCAGAUGAACAGCUGCUCCCAGGUAACCAGUUCCCCACACCCUUUUCUAUCUGUUACUACUUUCUUAAAAAUUUCUGAAUCCCCCUCUUCCUUAUUACCAAGUCAGAGAGUGCAUGCACAUGGGCCCAUACAUGCAUUCAGAACAGAGUAUGGGGCUUGUUACCAUGCCCCUCCUAUCCAAAGCCUUAGUCUUUUGAAGGAAGAUGGCCAAAAAAAGAGGAAUCUUGAGUCACUCCUCAAAGAAAUGCCGGUUUAAACAUCAUCCUUACCUGAUGAAGAAAACAAAAAAUUUCAUGCAUCUUGUGGAUCAUCUUCAGGUCAAAGUUCCAGCAGAGUGAAGAAAGAAAUUCCUGGAAGCCACCAAACAAUGUGCUUUUUAGUCAUCGAUGAAGAGCCCAAGGGAGGAUGAUGGAGAAGGAAGAGCCUGGGUUGAGGCUCAGUGUAUAAUAAUCUCUUGCCUAAUGUGUAUGCAUUAUUGUCAUGUUGUAUUAACAAUCAUAAUAGCUCACCUUUACUUAGCAACUAAAAUCUGGUGUCUUGCAUGCAUUAUAAUCCUCAGAGCAACUCUAACAGUUGAGAAAUAUUAUCCCUGUUUCAGAGAUGAGAAAACAGGUCAGAAAAGCUAAGUAAUUUGUUCCAAGCUCACGUCUCUGGUAAAUGGCAUAGUUAGGAUCUCCAGUGUUUCUAUGCAUAGCCAUGUUACUGUAUUUUUUACUUUAAACAAAACUGAAAACUUUGCCAUAUAUAAUCUUUUAUUGGGAAAAGAACACAAUUUCCAAUUGCUCUGCCUUCCCAUCCUCCCAGUCUUCCAAACUGGCUCAGAGAAGGCAUAGUACUGAGGGUCCCAAGCUCCAUGCAGGAGCUUGCUGCUCUCUCCUGUACCAGUGUCCUGGCUCUCCAGAAUCAGCAAGGUACCACACUGCCUGCCUGCUAGAGAACUUGGGAACCCAUUUGAACUCCAGCUUUUCUGUACAUUGAUUGGGAUUCUCUCCUGGCUGUAACCAACCCACACUUGUUGGUGUGACACCCUUUUCCACUCCCCGGACUAGUCUGGAACUGACCAGUCCCUAAAGUUUCCACUAAAAGGUAUCCCUGACUUGGACAACUGCCAAAUGGUCUGUGCUUGGGCCCUUUCUGCAAGCCUGGGUAUUAUUUUUUUUAAUAUUUUAUUUAUUUAUUCACGAGAAACACACAGAGGCAGAGGCACAGGCAGAGGGAGAAGCAGGCUCCACGCAGGGAGCCCGAUGUGGGACUCGAUCCCAGGACCCCAGGGUCACGACCUGCGCCAAAGGCAAGUGCUAAACCGCUGAGCCACCCAGGUGCCCAAGCCUGGGUAUUAUUGAGUGGAAAUGUAAACUGGUUGGAGACAAGGAACCAAGGAUAAUCCAUUUUUCCCUGAGCUCUCUCUGUAGGAAGUACCAUGGCUCACCCACCCCCCAUUCUCAGCUUUAGAGAGCCAACACCUGAAUCUUCUAGUUCUUCCCAAAUAGAGCUGCCCCAGGGCCUGGGGGUAAGCUGGUGGUCUAAUCUGGAAUGGGAAAUACUAGAAGUUUGAAGCAAUCUUUAGAGAUGUGUUACAUAUUAGGCAUUGGGAUGAGUCCUUUCCCCUAAAGGCUGGUGACUAUAUGAACAGGAACAAUUUAACAUAUAAUACGUCAGCUGUGGACGAGACAGCACUGUAAGAGAAAACAUUACCCUGGUUAGGGGCUUGAACCCUUGAAGCAACACAGCUGGAACAUUGCCCAUUUCUCUCAUCUAGACCUCAGAUGUUUCCCUACACCAACCUGUCUUAACACCUACGAGCCUUCUUCUUGUACCUUGUUUCUCUUUAUGAAUGCAGCUCAUUAUUUCUCUUCAUAGUAAGUCCUAACCCCUGAACUUUUCAGUCUAACACCCGCCUUCCCUUCUAACACCUGUGUUUCUCUGGAGCAACUCUGGAUCCCUGCAAUCUGCAAGUCAUAUAAUCAGAGACCUGGAAAAGCUUAUCUUUAGAGAUCACUGGGGUCCCUGCUUCAGUACAGAUGAGAACACAGGUCCGGAGAUGGAGUGACUUCAGCAAGGUCAGAGAAUUUGUUAGUGCAGCUGGAGAUGGGGCUUAACCCCAGCCUUCCUGACCAUAUCCCACUCCCAGGCUAGAAAACAGGCUGCUGCACAAUCAGACCUGGGGUUUUUCAUGGCAAGGAUAAUAUCACAAAUGUUUCAUUUUCUGCUGCUAGUUUCCACUCCCUUUUCUAUACCGGCAUAAAAAGAAACAAAAGGCACUUGUAGUUUUCUCUGUUCUCCCAAGCCUUGGCACUUUGGGUGAUAUUGCUAAGGAACAGUGAAGUUGCUAAAAAAAAAAAAAAAAAGACUGAAUAACUCACCCAUUGACUAGCUAACCUGGAGAGGAAUUGCAUGUUUGCUAUGUGAAUCCCCCCAAACCACAGUUCUCAUCAGGCCGUCCCAGAGUGUCCUCAUCCCCUUCACAGCGCAGCCCUGUUCUCUGGGCCCCAAUCCCACUAGCGCUGAGCCUCACUUCAGCUUCCUCAUGCAACUGCCCUCCCUUCUGGUUAAGAGGCCUCAUGUUUGAAAUAAAGGUAAAAUAUGAAAGUA